AUGUGCAGCAAGCAAACAGAGCUGUGGUGGAGUGUGGCGCCAGGGUGGUUGAACUUUGACCUUUCAUCGCUCCUUCCCUUACUGUUGUCUGCUGCCUUGAACUUCCUUCAAAAGUCUUCACCCCAACUCUGCUUGCCCCGUUCACCGCAACCUCUGACUUUUCCUGACACAUGCCUAGUACCCAACAAAAUGACAGAUAUGGAUCAGCCACACUCUCACCUCGAGGAAUCACAAGACAUUGUUAUGGAACAAGAUGAGCCAAGGGCUUUCCCAGAAGUGCCACGGACUUUGCCAGAAGUGCCCCAAGUGCCGCCAGAUUCGCAGACCCUCAACGAAUUCCGGAAGUCCGCCGACGAAGUCGCCCGCCUCGCCCUCCUAGUACAGCAGGAACAAGAAAAUGAUCAGCUUUUGUGCACCGCAAGCUCGGCUAACCUCAUUGGCGACUUUGUCACUGCCUGGAGGAUCCACGAUCGGCUAUUUCCGGGGCAUGGCUCACCCAGUUCAUAUUUCCACGGAAAGGCCAAAUUGAGUUUAGAUAGCAGCAAGGAGAAUCUUCCCGCGGGAAGGGAUGUUUUCAGGGGAGGGGAUACCACAGCAAAAAUCUCGAUCAGGCGUAUGUUUGUACUCGUAGAUUUUAUCAAUGACUAGCACAACAGCGAUGGGUUGUGAUAUUGAGAUUCCCGAAUAGAGGCAUGUCGAGAACAUGGCCGAUGGAUACAUAUGUGGACAUUGGCUCAAUUGACGGAUAAAGCUGCGGAAUUCCAUCUCCAUUCCAGGGACGGGACAUGUGAGGACCACGCCGGGCUGACAGUCGUUGAAAGAUGGGAUCUCACCACGCAAUACGACGUCGACGUCGUACAGCCGCGCAUACGCUGACAAUAUUUUGCGAGGUCCGAAGCGGGGUCUCAACGUCUCUGGAAUCAGACUUGACCUUCAAAGGUCGAGAUUUCAAUGACCGAGCAGAGCCAAAACAUGUUGCUGACUGUGCUUUCCUUCAAGCUAGCAACCACCGUGGUUGCAACCACUGUUCAAUCGUUAUCCUGCCAGUCGGCAAUUGCUCAAGAUGCCCAAGUCAAAACCACAUCCGGCCUUAUCACCGGGCACCUCUUCCCCGACGCCUCCUGUGCACUUGAAUUUCUCGGCAUUCCCUACGCAAAACCCCCUCUAGGUGACCUACGAUUCGCACCACCCCAAAGGCUCCUCACCCCGGACCUCUCCCGUAACGCCUCCUCCUUUGGCUACGACUGCCCCCUGUCCCCCUCCAAACCACCCAACUACCCAGGCUUGACUCCCCAAGCCCAGCGAAUAAUCAACUUCUUCGCUUCCGCCGCCGGCACCCCCCAGAAUGAAGACUGCCUCACCCUCAAUAUCUGGUCUCCCCUCCCUCCUCAGCCGCAGCCGCUCAAACCAGCCCUCAUCUUCUUCUACGGCGGCCGCUUCACAAUCGGCAACACCAACACCCCCUUCUACCACGGCGCCUCGCCUCCGCCCAGGAUAUCAUCGUCAUAACAGUCAACUACCGCCUCAACAUCUUUGGCUUCCCUGGCUCAUCCUACCUCCCCUUUCAAAACCCUGGGCUUCGUGAUCAACGCGCUGCGGUGGAAUGGGUGCGCGAUAACAUCCUUUUCUUUGGCGGUGACCCAAGCAAGAUCAUCCUUGCAGGACAGUCCUCUGGUGCCGUGAGCGUGGAUAACUGGGCAUACGCCUACCACCGCGAUCCGAUAGUCCGGGGGUUGAUCGCCCACUCCGGCACCGCGCUUUCCUUCCCAUCAAAUUCGAAAUCUGUUCAGCAAUCCAAUUUCGAAGCUGUCGCCAGUUUGGUCAACUGUUCCCUCCCCAACCCAAUCACUUGCAUGAGGGCUGUCCCCUGGACAACCCUCCUCUCGGCAGCCUCGUCUAUCAAACCAGCCAAAAGCAGCAGUCGAUUGAGGGGCAUACCACCCUUUUGGCCCGCACCGGAUAACAUAACCUUUUUUCCUGCUGAUGAGCUCGCUGGGCUGCCUUUGGCGAGGAUUCCUGUUUUGUUGGGGAAUACAGAUAAUGAGGCGGGGUAUUAUCGUGUUCCGGCUUAUGCGCAGAAUAUAACUCCUACUGUGGAGGAGGUGAGGUCGUUUCAUUUGGAGAGUUUUACUUGUCCGGUGCUGUAUCAGGCUGGUCAGAGGAGGGGGAGGGGGGUGCGGGUUUGGGUGUAUAGGUAUGGGGCUGAUUGGGAGAAUACGAGGUUGUAUGAGGGGUCAGGGGCGUAUCAUGGAGUGGAUAUGAAUAUGGUUUUUGGGAAUGGGGAGGUGGUGAGUGGGAUUGAGAUGGAACAGGAGCAAAGGGAGUUAAUGGGGUUG